UAUGGGAUCUGUUUGACCAUUACUUUAGUUCUAACUCAGAGUGUGGUUGAGUCAGCCUUUUAUGGAGAUCUGCCAGACGUGUCAGAUGUGGAUCAGACUCUCCGGUUGGAACGGAUGAACGAAUGGCCGCAAAAGAAAUCAGCCAAAGAAGUGGAGAAUUGGCCGACGGCUGACACUCUGAAACUGAUGGGACAAGUGGCUGGAGUGGCCACGAGUAGGGAUAAUAAUGUUCAUGUGUUUCACAGAGUGGAGAGAAUAUGGGACAGGAACACUUUUGAUAUGAAUAAUGUCUUCAGUGGGAGGAAUGGACCGCCCAUUCAGAACGACACCAUUUUGGUGUUGGAUCCAAACGAUGGCAAAGUGAUAAAGUCAUGGGGAGGCAAAAGAUUUUAUUUACCGCACGGCAUAAGCGUCGACCCCCAGGGG